CACAACAACCAACAACUAACUCAACUCGGCUUAUCACAGAAAACUGAAAAUAAGUCCAUCAUCUUGUCGGUCCCUCUUCUUUUGCUUCCUUCUUUCCCAACUCGACCUAUCUCUCACUCACUCUCCUCCCCUUGCUUCUCUACCCGCAAAACAUCCCUCACCUCCCUCCACCACCCAUCUCCGCCAACCUUGCUUGCGCUCCUGCAUAUACAAUAAUACAUGGAAUACAUUCUUCCUGCACGCCCUCACGCCCGCUCCCGCCUAUCCUAUUGUACACGUCCAAUCGCACUUUCCCUGCUCCACGUUCUCAUGUCCUGAAACCUCCCGGCACCUCGACGACAACAGCGAAAGAAACAAAAAUCUUUGAUGCUCUUCUGAUCAGCUUUGUCUCGCUCUCGCUCACGCUCACAUUUCGAUGCCAUCGACACCGCGUUUGCUGUCCCGAGCGACAUAUCAGUGACAAUUGACACCUGGUAGCAUCCUGGAGGAAGAAAAUAUAUAUACACCCAACAAGUCCGCGUCACUUUCUUGCUGCACAACGACUUCACGACACCCACAAACUUUCCGCCUGCAUACUUCACACAUACGCACAGAGCUGUUGACUGACCUUCUACCCCCUCAUCUUCAUCCUCGGCCUGCGCCAGGUUUCGCAACAAGGCAGCGAAUAUCUCACCAUCACCGUUGCUCUCCUUUCGACGUCGUGCCAGGGACCGACCUAUCCUAUGCCUCCUAUAAACCCGAUUUAAUAUAACCCCUAAUCUAUCCGCAAUCUAUUGUUGCCCGGGACAGCUCCAUCCCACGCGACACAGCCCACUCGUCCAACUGUCUACCCUACCCUCUCCCCUGGGAGGAGGGUAUCCCGCCGACGGCGCGGCAAUCAGUCGACGAAAAUGUCUCUCCACACGACCUCCCACUUUGGGGAGAGCAACAAACCCAUUAGAAGUCCUGCUGGCUCGAUAUCAACAUCCUCGAUGACGGAUUUCCCGGCGCGCGUAUCCCCUACGUUAACCAUGGAGCCUGCCAUGGAUGGGCCGCCAUCGCCACAGAGGAUCAGAGCAUACACAGAACAGAUGAAGAGGAGCGUAGCCGCUGGCCACUCCAGGACAAGCACCGGCACCAGCUCAACGUCGUCGUCUGCCUCGGGCGCUGACUCGGGAACAAGGUCUCCGGAGGAAUCGCUGUCGAGGCAGGCGUCGCGAAAGUCGACCGCGGGCAUGUCGAUCAAAGCAGAACGGCCAGACACGUUACAGAUGUUUGGGAAGGCAUUGUUCUCGCGAGGGUCGAAGAGGUCCAAGAAGGGAAGGUCGAGGGCAUCAUCACUGUUAUCGCUAAGUUCGAGGGAAUCUACCAUGGUCACACCGCGAAGCGCUGUCGACGAGGAGGUUGCUUUCAAGAAGCACCUCAUCUCUGGGCCUUACGACUUCCAACACGUCGUCCACACAGGACAUGAGCAGGCGCCCAAUGUAGAUAUCGCGAGCAGAGACGACCUCCUAGAGGAGUUCUCCACAGUACGGAGAUCAAAUGCACCUACAGGAGAGCUUCGGGGCAUCAGGGCAGACGACCUUCACUUUCACAACUUCUCUUCCGAAGCCCUCGAUGCUUUGGUCGAGAAAGACCCUCCGAAGCCCCCACCUCAAUUACCCCUGAAGAGCCCAGCAAGAAAGAGCAUCAUCAGGAAGCCCCCGAGCCCAGCACCUCUCAAGCCGAGCCUGCGCUCGAGCAAGUCCCAAGACAACUUCCGCGCGGGAUUGUCCCCUCCACCAAGGCCGCCACGAUCGCCAAUGACAGCACAGUGUCCGAUAUCCCUACCCCCAAGGACAUCGUCGAGGACGGCAUCCAUGAUCUGGGACGAAUACGACCCUCUACAAUCCACGUCACUAGAGAGACCUCACUACUCUGCCGGAUUCCGGAGGCCACAGGCCUUCCACCUCCCGCGUUCUCCGCCUCUGCCGUCUCCCCCAUUACCGAAUGUCCAUGGCGACCACGAGGUGGAUUAUUUCCAAGAAGGAACCACCGUGUCGCCAAGGUCACCAGAGAAUGAGGGUUGGCCGUUCUCUGCUACCCCGUCACCAGCCGAUUCACAGCUGGAGGAUGUACCUGAAGAAGAGGAGACAGUCGCAGCCGCACGACGCUCACGCAUAUCCAUCGGCAGCACCGAUCUGCGCGUCUCAAAGUCCGUCCCUAACCUUCUCACGUUCCGCGCCAGGCGUGACUCUGACCGCCCGCACACCCCGUCCUCUGACAUUGUGCGUGCGCCGGUCCUCGUCAUGACCCCUAAGAAAUCGGGCGCAAAGCUCGACCUUGACACCUCCGGCUCAUGGGAGGAUGACAUCGACUAUUGCUAUGACCAUGAGGUCGAGGCCGACUGCGACUACAACUGGGAGCGCCGCUCGAUCGACGUCGAUACCGUCCGCAACUACUUCCACGACUCCGCCAUCUCGACCAACUCGUCCUCAGACGACAUCACGCUUAACAACUCACCGCCGCCGGCAUCUCUGCAUUCUGCAUCGGCGAGCAUCUCGAGUCGACUCUCUGCGCACCUCGAUGGGCUGCGCCACCCGCCUGUUUACGUCACCCCCACCAUCCUUGCGCCAGCGCACACACCCGAUCUCAUCCCGCCAUCCACAGCCACAACGGCGGAUUCUCCAGCGUCCAUCCCGACGCCUCCCGCGCGCCCAACACACCUGCGCUCCCCAUCCGCAGCGUCAUCCUUCAAAGAGUCGCACGGCUUCAAUCUCUCGCCCUCGCUACUUAUCCCUGCCGACUACGCGGCGCAGAUGAACGGCACCGCAUCGCCCACGUCAACAUACUCCGCCGGACCCCUCGACAACGUUUCUCCUACCGGGCGCGAGCCCAGCCCUGCGCCGACGGAGACCACAUACGUCUCCUCGCCUACUCUGUCCACAAAUCCAUUCUUGGCGUAUAUUUCUGAGCCGGCGACGGCAACAGCUGAUAAGCCCGAGGACUUGGUGCUCCAGAGCGCGGAGGAACGCUUGUUGCCGCCAUCGAGGGCGCCGAGUGCGUUUAUCAACGCGCACGGCCGGAAGGGGAGCGUGCCGCUGCUUAGGCAAGUAGGGAAGGAGAGACGCGGGAGGGCGAGCACGAUUAGUGGGUCGCUUGGAAGGGGGAAGGGGGGGUACGGGUUGUUCCCGUCGAUGCUGAGUGCUGGCCCUUGAGAAACUGCACGGCUCUCAGGGGGCGGAAGGAUGGAGGAAGAAAGUUGUUUGGAUACGAUACGUGGACGUCGCUCGAAAAGAGAUAUAAACACUCUUACAUUUUUUUUUUUUUGUUUCUACAAUGUUUUUUUGGGGGUUUCUUGGAAAAUUUCGGAUGGGGGGUGUUUUUUAGAGAGGUG